AUGUCGAAAGUUCAAGGUUAUGCCGCAGGGAAACGGGAGCGGGAGGGUGCCAAUGGCCCAGGGCUCCUUCCCAUUUCCCUGAACUGGGCCGCGAAUGCUACGCCUACAGCUGCAUUAGCCAUGGACUUAGGUGCUCCUGACCCAACAGCAGGUGCUAGCAUAGAUGAUGAAAACUGCUGGCAUUUGGAUGAGGAACAGGUCCAAGAACAAGUUAAACUCUUCCUCUCACAGAGUGGAUACCAUGGAUCAGGAAAGCAGCUCAAUUUGCUUUUUGCAAAGGUGCGAGAGAUGCUAAAGAUGAGAGAUUCGAAUGGAGCUCGCAUGUUGACGUUGAUAACAGACCAGUUCAUGGCUGACCCUCGUCUGUUGCUUUGGAGACAACAAGGAACUGCAAUGACUGACAAGUAUAGGCAGCUCUGGGAUGAACUGGGUGCUCUGUGGAUGUGUAUAGUUUUAAAUCCCCACUGCAAGUUGGAACAGAAGACCAGUUGGCUAAAACAGCUGAAAAAAUGGAACUGUGUGGAUGUUUGUCCAUGGGAAGAUGGAAACCAUGGAAAUGAGCUGCCCAAUUUAACCAAUGCUUUGCCUCAGGGUGCAAAUGCUAACCAAGAUUCAUCGAACAGGCCCCAUCGGACUGUGUUCACUCGAGCCAUUGAAGCCUGUGAUCUUCACUGGCAGGACAGCCACUUACUGUACAUUAUCAGCAGUGACUUACACACCAACUACUGUUACCAUGAUGACACUGAAAGCUCACUCUUUGAUUCUCAUGGGCGGCCCCUCUGGCAUGAACAUGUCCCUACAGCCUGUGCGAGGGUGGAUGCAUUGCGAUCUCAUGGAUACUCAAGAGAAGCACUGAGACUAGCGAUAGCUAUUGUUAAUACACUAAGAAGGCAGCAGCAGAAACAGUUGGAAAUGUUCCAGGCUCAGAAAAAAG